AUGAGCUUUAGUGACCUGGUUUCAGGCGUUCUUUUCGAGAAUGACCAGCCCAAGCUGAGCCCUGAGUCGAAGGUUGCGCUGUGGAUACUGCUGUGCAAAGAUCGCGAUGUGCUGGUCUUGACCGAUCCAAACGAUCGAGAGUUGACGGCUUAUGCUACCCAAUUAUGCAGUUUAGAGGUGCGGGAUCUUCGCGGUCAAUAUGGCCUCCAAAUACAUCUACAGAGUAAUGCGGCGAAUCCCACGGCAGACGCCACGUCUGACGACACUCGGUUUCUGCAGUAUAUCGACAACAGCCGCUUGUUUUGCUCCAAUGCGCUUCGCAUGAGGAAGCUGAACCUGCUGUUGUCCGAGUUCAUUAUGAAGAGUGGCGAGCGGUCCCGCAUUCUGAUGGCCAUAGCUUCGCGCCGGUACAAAGGAUACUGGCAGCACGAAUUAGUGAGCGAUUUGGGGAUUUCGCCGCGUGACCUUUUCAGCCACGUGGUGAACAUGGCCAAGGAUGGGGUGAUUUAUCGCGUGUCGGUCCCGCAGGAUUGUGUCUCCAAACAACUCGUAAAGGAGCAACUGCAGGUGCUUAAGACCCGUGACUCGGCAAGGGAGGAUGAUGAUGACUACGAAGAUAAGAUAGAACAAGGCAGUAGCCAGUUAGCAACGUUGUGGUUCCAUUCGCGGUACUUCAUUAUAGACCGCUUGCCAGGGAUGGUGCAGGAGGUCUGUUUCAAUCGUCCCAGCGAGGCACUCAACGAGCGUAUGUUGAAGGUGCUCCACGAGAGUGACAACCAAAUAAUACUGGAAGACGAGUGGAGGGAUGCAUACUGCUCAAUGCUGCUGGAGAAUGUUCCCUGGGUCCAUCCUAGCGUCAGCGAUCGCAUGGUGAAGAAAAGCUUUAUGUCAUUCCGGCGGUCCUUGGAGUCGAAAUGCAAGAUAACUCGCGUAUUUGCGUGGUGCUCGCAGACGAAAACCUUCGAGCGCUGCAUAAUUCCUUACUGCAAUGCGCCCGAGCUACAAGAAUCAGUAGACAUCCAGUCGGCACCUGGAUCCAGAUUGCGUGUAGUCAAAAUGGCCACUCAAAAGCCUGCGAUCACCUCCGACGCCGCUGCAGAUGUCCCGGCGCCAGCCCCCGUGUUCUACCAGUCGCCACAUCUAUUUCACGGACACACCUUGCCAGAGUGGACGUAUUACCUGGUGCGGUGCCACCGGGGAGGUGCCGGAGUGAACGAUUUGAACAACUUUUUGUCAAUGCCGUACAAGCUGUUGAUAAAAGUGAUAGCUUCCCUUGAGGGUGGCAAGGCGGUGUCGAAGGUGACUGUACGAGACGGCAAGUUGCUGAUGCACAUCUACUCCGUUCCAGGUAGUGAAGCUAUUAAGGGUAGAGCCAAUAAAGCUGGAUCUACGACUGCCAAGGGGAAGACACCGCAAGCAACUGCGUCUACAGCGCCAACCAGUGGAGAGUAUAACGAGGAUACACGUCCUGCUAAAAGGCAAAGGAAACCUCAAAUUAUUGGCGGUGUGAAGAUCGGGGCAGCUGGUGGAGGUUCAGCCCCCGGUGCGCCGGCAUCAUCCGCGCAGAGAGCGCAGCCACAACAUCCUCCAAGUGGGCCUUCGACGUCCACCACAUCAGAGCCUCCUAUAGCGUCGCAACCAAAUAAUGGAGCGGCAGAGGGGGUGCCUGAGGCGGAACCUGUGAACAAACCCUACUGUGACUGGGUUUCACUUCAACGUGCACUGUGCCCUACCGAAGAAGCUUACGAGGAACGGUUCAAAACGCUGUUUGGUACAGGCCAUGACCUGCCUAAAGCUGUGAACACUACCCUAUUCCGCCGUCGCAUGGUGCUGUUGUCAGAUUACAUUGAGGAUUUCCAAGCGGCAUCGUGCAACAACAUCUCCAUGAUGUAUGCUGACAUGGAUUGCAAUUCUGGGAAGACUGUCGACCGCAAGACCGUUCAGCGCGUGGCCAAAUACGUGCAAGAGCGUCGACCUCACAUCUGUAUGGCUCGAGGGCAUGAUCUAAAGGGGGUAUUAUUCCCGGUGAUGUUGCUGUACGACUCUCGUCGGAUGAACCCUCUUAAGGCGUUCCAAUUGGUGAACAAUGAGAUAGCGAAAAGGCGCCAAAUCAAGUCCACGAUUACAGCGAAUCUACGUCAUCGCAUAAACGAAUCUUUCAAGGACCCAAAUUCCCUGUCGGCGCCCGCGGAGGAACCAAUGCCGUCUUCUCAGUUCUACGCGGGACCUAUGCAAUUGAUGUCGACAACGUUGGUGAAGGAUGUUGCCGUGACCAUGAAACGUGCCAGGCAUAGUGGCAUCAAGCCCGCGCUGACCUUCGACAGCAGUAUGCAGGUUAACAAUGGUUACAUCCGCCCGAUUGUGACGCGGGUGAAAUGUUUGCACAGCUACUUAUUGGAAUUUGCAGGGGAAGGCAAAAAAUUUACGGCUAUAGAGGCGCUAAAGAAUAUGCCAAUGGACCUUUAUCUGCAGGUAAUCGGAUGCGGUUACCCGUUGCGUAGCGUGUUUGAUCUGCUUGAGGGUAAUGUGUUACAAGUCCAUCUGGAUGACGACCUGUACAAUGCUUUAUACCAGCAUUCCGGGGGCCGUACUGCGGUUUAUUUUCUGCGUCGUCUGUUGUCUAUUUUGAGCGUUAUCGGGGUAUUGAAGGUCAUCGCUACACCAGUUGAUCGUAAGACUGGCAGUCAUACGCCUGAAUGCACGCUGGAGUGGGAGGUGUGCCGUGGCGUGACCUUACGCAGCCUUGAAGACGAAACUCAAGUUGUGGGUCGAUUCAAUAUGCUUAAGGACUCUGAGAGUUUUUGGCAAGCUUUACAGUCUGAGGUUGUAACAUACGCUUCGCGUGAGGGGAGACCACUUCCUGCCCACAUGCCGAUACGCUCACUCUUCAACCCUAAGCACUGGAGGCGAUCAGCGUUCUUUAAAAAUGUGUAUCACGGCCAAAUUGACCGCACUAUUACCAGCUGGCUCCGCCUGACCUUUCAUGGGUUGGAUCAUCGCAAAUUGGCUAAGGUUCUGUACAUGCCGAACUAUUUGAUGAAAUUGGCCUGCCAGAACUCUAACGUAUCCCACGAACAUCUCUACAGGUAUCUGUUGCACCGCAUACGGAACAUCGGGAUUCAAUCUGCGCACAUUGGUGUUCCGAAGUCCGCUGUCCAUUACGCCAAGAAUAUGAGCGUGGACGAUGAAUGCAUCUGGUUAGCCAAAUUUGUUUUGGCAGAGCGUGUGUGCAACGCAUACUUUUACGGGAAAUUGAAGGAGUCCAAAAGCCACAUAUUCGGUGCCCCAGUUACAUGGGGAGCUCUUCGUCAAAAGAUGCUAGCUGCCAUGAGGUCGGAAGCGGAUCGUCGUAAUAGUCAAGGGGAGGAAGCGACAGAAAGCGACCAGCUCCCCAAUUCUACAGACGCAACAGAUCCAGAUCCUGUCGUUGAUGCAGGAGAAAUCGCGACUGUUGAUAAAAAAUUGGACAGCGAUUUCGGAAAUGGCGACCCCCAAAACUGGACACAUAGGGGAUUGGAUGACACGCUCGAUAACAAACACGUGAUUCGAAACGCGGUAAUGCUACGCAGUGAUAGCUCGAUAAGAUCAAUGUCAAUUGGCAGUGAAGUGUCAAACGUAGAUGCGGAUGAAUCUCGAGAAGCCGAUACUUCGGAUGGCGGUCUUGUAAAAGCUGAGCCGCAGCCGUUGGACCGAAUUUGGACAUUCCUCUCACUCAUGUUCGACGGCGUGUUCAAGCCGGCAGCAUGCCGUUAUAUCUUCGAACACAUCGUUGGCAAGUCCUCAUUGAGUCCCCGUAUGCUUCGUCGUAUGCGCCAGUUUUGUUCGGCUGACAUCCACAUCGUUCUCAAGCAUCACGGCCACAUGUAUCGCAUUUUGACCAACGAAAGAACACCCUUCGACCACCUCAAAUGUCAUCUGAAGAGCCUUCUGUUUAGCCCCACCGUAUGUGUACGCCCGUGGUUUCUGGAUUCUGUGCCUGAUUUUCGCCGCGGUCGUAGUAUUCUGCGUCAGUGGUGCGAUAAGGGAUGGGUGGUGAACACUAAGGAAAGCACCAACAUGCACACACUUUUCAAGUUAAGCACCUUUGCGAAGGGAAAGUUGUUUGGUAAGUUCGCCGAUUAUGAAUUCAAUUCCAAUUUGUUGGCUUCGCACAUCGCAAUGUAUCGGGAAAGUUUGUCUGCACCAGCUCCGGCAGUGAGUGACGCCGCCAAGCAGCAGGCUGCGCUAAACGCAUUGGGAACGUCGAUCUCACAUCGAUUCUCUCCUCAUUUCACUGCUGCACCGGAUGAGUUGAGUAUGCAUGACAUUUAUGGCAUGAUGGAUAAUUUUGUGAAAGGGGACCUCUCCUUCAUGCCUGUGUGGGGGGCCGAGGACCUGGAAGAGCCGCCUAUUGCUCAGCGUGUAAAGGCAUCUUAUGAGCGCUUGAAUGAUGGCGGUAUAUCUCGGCACAUCCGCGAGUGUACGCCCGACGUGCCGUCGGUCACGUCAGUGACCAUUGGGUUGCGUGCCCCGCCUUUGUCAACAUCUGCUUGCACAGACGGAGAUUUGGCCAAAAGGCGUGGUCAUAAAGGUCUAUUUCUCUAUGAACAAGAUCGCAAUCGUGAUGUUGUGUGCAGUGGGCGGUAUUCGGAAGUGCUGAAUCCAAUCGGUUGCCCGUCGCGAUUAUUAGGCAGCCACAUCAGAUGCCAAUAUCCGUUACGCAACUACGAAUAUGCGUCGGACUUUGACCGUGGGUGGUGGUCUGGGCGUUCGUUCUCCCUGGUGCCAAUUGCCGAAGGUGCUUUGUUGUCGGAUGUUCGUAGCAGCCAGCGCCCAAAUCAUGCCGCAGCCGUAGUUCCGCAUUGUAAUACUCAACCGUGCAGUGAGGGAUAUACGAACAAGGAACAUGCAUAUACUGCCUUGUCUCAACCUUCUAACUCCGGAACAUCGUGGAACAUUACGUCUGAGCCAGUGUCUAUCCCGGUCUCAUCGGCAGCAGCAUUAGGAUAUUUGCCCAACUUGCUGCUGCGCGUGACACGGUCGCUGUACGGCAAGUCAAUGUUGGUUUUGGAGGAUCGCUUGCCACAGUUGGAGGCUGCGCUGUAUCGUUUGGUGUGCGCGGUGCAAAUUUGCGAGAAUUCUGGCAUCACAGAAUCGGAGUUGCUGGCAAAGUUUUCCAUGUUGAACGCUGGGGAAUUCACAGACAAGACGGUUAGCACCGUCACAGGCAGCACGACGUUACUGCAUGUGGCCUUCGAAGUGGUAUUGGUGUCAGCCGAGGUGCUGCGUUUUGUGACGCGUGUGCCCCGGAACGAGGAGUUCGUGUACUACUACUGGGAACACUGCCAGCUGACCCACGUAAUACGGCAACGCGUCGUCGGAGUACGCUUCUACGGCAACACGCCGCCGCACACCGUCGACGACGUCACCACCGCCGUCCUGGAACGCCCGGAGUACAUACCGCCGCUGCUCUGGAUGAUAUACGAGGACCCAUACGCGCUAGCUCUAUCACCGGAAAGGCUCAGCAAGGACCUAGGAAGGCUCGCAGAGCUAGUCACCGAAACCGACGCCUUCGUCACAUACCUCGAGCACAGGGUGAAGUCUCCAGUGGGCAGCUUCGUGUCACUCGACGGUCAUUUAAACCAAACUCUGGUAGCGUUUCUGAUGCUACGCAUAACUUCUCUUCUGAAGACCGCGCCUGGGCAGACAUUGGUUGAGGUUGGUGUGGGAGAAACUGGUGAUUCUCGACAUUUGCGAGGUGAAAUUACUGCUCCGGGGAAUGAUCACUCUAGGGACUGGGUUGUCUUGGCAACUUCCGCAACUAUCCGAGCCCAUGUGUUGCGUCAGCACCUCAACAUGCACAACCUUCUGUUGCUGACAUCGGGUUUUGCUGAGGAUUUGGAUAAGUCGAAAUUCGAAGACGUAGGAGACUACGCUCGUGCAACUGCGGAUGGCAAGGCGCGCGCCGUUGCCAAGCGCAUAUUUGGCGCAUCAACUCCCGAAGAAGUCAAGGCAGUGACGGCAGACCUCAACAACCCAUUCGGAAGUGUGCCCAAAGAAUUCGACAUCAACAAGGUCAGGUUCGUCAUCGGCGCCGACACAGUGUGCUCGUGCGAUGGUGAGAUUUUCGAGAAGCCCGCCAACAUCGACGAGGCGCGUAAGCAGUUCACUGCGUACCAGGACGCCUACCCGGAAAUGAUUACCGGUGUGAGCGCAUACGCCCGCGAAAAAGGUCACGAGGAGCCCAUCUUUUCCUUCUACGAGACUGCCGUCCUCCGUUUCCAGCGCAUGACGCCCGAAGAUAUCGAGGCGUACCUGGCCACCAAAGAGUUUGUAGGUACCGCCGGAUCUUGCAGGAUCACGGGGUUUGCCGAAUGCUUAAUUGAGUGGAUGGACGGUAGCUACACCACCUCCGUUGGCAUGCCUGCGCAAAGGGUGUCGCGGAGUUUGUGCCGUUACAUAACUGGCUUCGUCAUGGAGGGCGAGGACGAAGAGUAUUACGAGGAAGAUGAUUUAGAAGACGAAGUAGAAGACACUGUGGAUGAGGAACUGAACGGCGAUGCUGGCACAGAAGAGGCUGGAGCCGAAGCAAACGGAACAACCGAACAGUCACAAAAGAACGCGGAAUAA